AUGACGACGACGACGACGACGACGACGAAAACGACGACGACGAGAGCGCUCUCUUUUUCUCUCCUCUUCUUCUUUUUUUUGGGAAGUUUGCGCUUUGAGGAGGCGAACGCGUACUCGCAUUCAACGACAUCAUCGGAUGCGUCUUCAACGGACCCGGAGUAUUACUGCGUCGGCGUCUGCGAAACCUCCGUGGCGGAUGCAGCCUGCGGCGGAGACGCGGCGAAUCAACGCACCACGGAGUGCAACGCGUACGACAGCACGAGCGCGGACAAGAUAACGUUGAGCCAAGUCGGCGCGAGCGCAUUGACUGAUGUGAAAGGGUUCGUUGGGUGCAAGGAAACGUCCUGCGCGAGUUAUUGCGCGAUGUCCGGGGUCACUUCGGAAAUUCCGUUCAAGUUAAUGAAUCUCGAUGGAAGGAACGUCAUCUGCGUGGUCAGUGGGAAAACGAUGUUCAUGACCGAAUCUCAAGCGGUGAUGCACGCGUACUCGAAAGGGUGCACGGGAGCGCACGCGAUGGGCGAUCCCGCGAUGUACAUGGCAGGGGCGACGCACACGGCGUGCGAUCACAGCGAUGCUACGACGACGACGAGUGGUGCUGCGUAUUCUUCGACGAUGAUGUCGCAAAAUGCGUUGGCGGUUUCUUCGGCGUGCGUCGCCUCGCUCGUCGCGCUGCUCCUGCUGGCGUGUUGA